AUGCCUCCACGAUUACCAGCACUCACUGCGGCUUGUCGCUCAGCGCCAAUUUUGGCGUCUCCUUUGGCAGCAUUCCUUGCACCAUUUAUGCAAAUCCGGAACGCUUCGAUUCUCACAAACUUGUCGGAUAAUCCUGGGGCAUAUAAUAAACGUAUACGAAGAGGUCGAGGUCCAUCAGCAGGGAAGGGAAAGACAUCAGGACGUGGUCACAAAGGUCAGAACCAGCAUGGAAAAGUACCGGCACGAUUUCAAGGUGGUCAAACGCCACAACACAUUGUCCAUGGCGUGAGGGGGUUUGAGAACUUAUUCUCUGUUGAUAUGUCUCCAAUAAAUUUAAAUCGCAUACAAGAAUGGAUCGACCAAGGCCGACUCGAUCCAACACGUCCCAUCACUUUGAAGGAGUUGGCAGAUUCUCGAUGUUUACAUGGAGUGAAGGAUGGUGUAAAGCUCUUAGCUAGGGGAAAGGAGGAUUUGAAGACGCCAAUCAAUAUUUUGGUAUCUCGAGCUUCGGCGACGGCAAUUGAGGCAGUGGAGGCGCUUGGAGGCACCGUCACAACCAGAUAUUACACUAAACCGGCGAUCAAGAGACUUUUGACGGGCACAUCUGUCUCCAGUGCUGUCCCACUUUCAGCAGUAGACGCCCAGUUGGCCAGCGAUUCCCCAAUCCUCUCAGCCGCUUCUGCCGCGUCACCAUUUUCGUACCGCCUGCCUGAUCCCACAAGUCGAAAAGAUAUCGAAUACUACAGAGACCCAGCGCACAGGGGAUACUUGAGUCACCAAGUGGAGGAGGGUCAAGGACCAAGUUUGUUCUUCAAAGCUCCUCGAACUGGAACCUUCAAAAAGAAGUCGAAGAAGAUAGGUACAGCUGCUGCGGCGAGGGACAACAGGAUAUGGUAA